GUAUCAUCGAAUUGCAGGAGAUGCGCUCAAGAGCAAGACGUAGAUGGAUUGUCUUGCGAAUUGUCUUGCGGGGUGAACAACAGAAGGCUGCGGAGAUACGAUACAAAGCAUGAAACAUUGCAGACAAAACGACUUGUCAUGUUUUAUCCUUUUCCAGUGCAGUCUUCCUGUUCGUCAAGUUCACGAUGACGUUCUCCAUUCUCCCGGAACAUGGUUGCGUCAACUGCGCCCAGCUCGAGGAACCGACGGAAGUGCGAGCGCUCAACUUUCAAUUGCCGGCGAAGCUCCACCGCGUGAGAGACUCGGUCGGAGACGUUACCCGGUCAUCGGUUCACACACACCGAUUGCAAGAUCGAUGUCGAUCCUCGGGAAGGGAGAGACGCACGAGCUGUGGCAACAGCAUCGCAUGAUUCGCAUCAUGGCAUGAUGCGU